CUUUUCUAUACACAUUACAUUUGCCACCAUGGCAAAGGUUAAGGCGAAGGAACUCCGGGGUAAGAAGAAGGAAGAUUUGAUGAAACAGCUCGAUGAGCUAAAAAACGAGCUUGCUACCCUGAGGGUUGCCAAGGUGACUGGUGGAGCUGCAUCAAAGCUAUCUAAAAUUCAUAUUGUCCGCAAGUCUAUUGCCCGUGUGUUGACCGUCAUCCAUCAAACACAAAAAGAAAACUUGAGGAAAUAUUACAGGACAAAGCGGUACAAGCCCAAGGAUCUUCGCCAAAAGAAGACACGUGCUAUUCGUCGUAAGCUCACCGCUUCUGAACUUGCUUUGAAGACAAGAAAGCAGAUCAGGAAGAACAGUCUUUAUCCCAUGAGAAAAUAUGCCGUAAAAGAAUAAAUGUCAUUUUCAAAUAAACCAUUGGGGUAAAAAAAUG